AAGGCAGAUGUGAAGUCACUCAUGGCGAAAUUUAACACGGGUAACAGCCCCACAGAGGAUGUUUCUGGUAACAGUCGACCCUUCAAAGUCCCAGGACAACCUAUCCAUACAGGAUUACAGACGAGGAAAGCAGCACUUGAGAAAUUUGCAAGCCAAGGAAAUGCAACUUCUCCUUCAGGACCCAGUACCUUUCACAAACCUGCUCAUCCUAAGCCUCCUCUGGGGGUCAAGCCUUCAAUUGAUGAUAAACCAGAGAAGGAUCCAAAGCCCCCAUAUUUGAAACCAGUGGCACAAAGGUUUGGGGUUCAGCUUCAGGCAACUAACAGAGAAAAUGAUGGAAAAGCUGGAUGCACUAAACCCCCCACCAAAACCAGUGACUUGGCAAAAGAAGAGCCAAAGCCUCUGUAUCCAAAACCUGCAGGGAACAAGUUCCUUAAUUCUGCUCCUCAUGAGAAAGAAAAAAAUCCUCUGGGAACAAAACCAAAUUCAAAUUUUGCACCGCAAGAGAGUGAGGCAAAACCAUCAUUUUCAAAAGUAACUGGAGUUAAGGAAAAGUUCAUGUCUGCAACACAAGAAAAUGAGCCCAAGCCUCCUUUCUCUAAACCACCUCUUUCACAGAAACCUUCUCUAAACCAUGAGGUCUCCCACAAUGAAGACACUUCUAAUAAAAAUGUUUUUCUGCAAAAAGGACUAUCAGGCCCUAGACCAAAUAUACACUCAUUUAAAGCAGCAAAGGAAAUGGAUGAAAAUAGUAACUGUGCUGCAGAAGCUGCAGGCAGUCAUUUUUCUAACAUGGCUCUGAAGCCUACUGGCCACUGGUCCAGCUCAUCUCAAGGCACCCCCAAAAAUGUGGAGGAAAAGACUGAAGAAAUGGGAAUGAGUGCUGCCAAGAACAUCUUUCUCAACAAAAUCAUGCAGGAAGAAUCAGGUUCUUCUUCUCCUAAGUUCCAUAAGACGAAUACAGCACUUGCUGCAGGAAGGCCAUCAGGUGGAUCACAAGAGAAAGAGGAUGGGGACAGGAGCUCAGGAACCCCCAAGCGGAAAGCCUUGCCCCCGCUGUUCAAGCUGGGCCAGCCCCCACAGAAGCCCAGCAGACCCCCCAGCGUGGACCUGGAAAGGUUCCGGAAGAGCAGCCCAAAAGACAGCCCUAAAAAUGAAGGUUUGAAACAGACAACACCUUCCUCAGCAGCACUCUCCCCACCUGUACCUCCACCACACUCUGCCACGCAGUUGCCACCUCCUCCACCAGCCUUUCAUCCAUCCCUGCAGUCCCCAGCAGCUCCCAGCCUGCCUCCCAGAAACAUCAAGCCCAGCUCUGAAACAACAAGCCCAGACAAUGAAGAAAAUUAUGAUGAUGUUGAAUUUCUUUCACAGGGUCAUGGAAAUGCAGAGGGGGGCCAAGAAAGUGAUGGAGAGAUGUAUGAAGACAUAAAUGACAUCAGAUCAUCAAGGGGAAAAGAGAAGAAGCGGGACAAGGGAGAAAAGAGAAGAAUGGACCAAGAGAAGAAAGAACAAAAGGAAAAAGAGAAGAAAGAGCAGGAAAUAAGGAAGAAGUUCAAAUUAACGGGACCCAUCCAAGUCCUUCAUCAAGCACGAGCUUGUGUUGACCACAAGGGAGGGAAGAAUGAGCUGACUAUCAAACAAGGGGAUGAGAUUGAAAUAAUUCGCCUCACAGACAACCCAGAAGGAAAAUGGCUGGGCAGGAUAAAAGGAUGUUAUGGAUACAUUAAAACAACUAUGGUGGAGAUUGAUUAUGAUUCUUUAAGAAGAAAGCAACAACCAUCUACCAGAACUGCUGUGAAACAACCAGAGAGUGACCAAGAAGUGUAUGAUGAUGUUGGAGAGCAGGACAGUAUUAGCAGUCAGAGUGGUGGUCGAAGUGGAGCUGGAAACAUGUUCCCACCUCCUCCUUCUGAUCAAGAAAUUUAUGACGGGAUUGAUGAUGAAGAUGCUGUAACUAGGUCUGUAUCACAGGAUGAAGAUAAGAAUGAUAUCUGGUCCUGGGGAAUCUUGAAGAGACUAAAGGUCAAAGAUGACAAAAAGAAAAGUAUACGAGAAAAAACAACCAAAGUCAAUGGGGCAGAAGAUAAUGGAGAUCUGUUCAGGUCUCCUUCAACAAAGCAUUUUGGAAAAGAUUUUGGAGACAAUGAUGUUUAUGAUGAUGUAGAUUCUUCAGACUUCCCUCCUCUACCGCCUGAACUCAAUUCAUCAAAAUCAGCAAGCCUUGGAAAACGUACAUCAGAUGAAAAAGAUGCACAAAAGCUUAAAAAGAUGGAAAGAGAAGAGAAAGAGUUCAGAAAAAAGUUCAGAUUUGAAGGUGAAAUUAAAGUUCUUUACUCUACCACCACAGUCCAGGAUUUGCCCCAGAGAAGAUGGGGAUCUAAAGACUUACAAGUUAAACCAGGGGAGUCUCUUGAAAUUAUAGAAAGUACAGAUGAUACCAAGGUCCUGUGCAGGAAUGAAGAAGGAAAAUAUGGCUACGUUCUGAGAAGCAAUUUAGUUGAGAAUGAUGGAGAGAUUUACGAUGAUAUUGGUGAUGAUUGCAUCUAUGAUAAUGACUGAUGCAGAAUUCCAUGCAAGUAAGAGCUUCAUUGAAGAUCAAAAUCUAUUUUGGACUUCCUAAUUGUGAAAGCAAAAGAAGUCACUAAAGCUGAUUACAAGUUAAUUGGUUACACUCUUCUAAAUGUACAAUUAACCUUUUUUAGGAUUUCAGGGUUUUGUCAUCCCUUGCUUUGUAUGACAUUCGUAUUGCCAUUUAUCUGAGCAAUUAAAAUUCAGGGAGUAUGUGCUAAAGUUAAGGUUAUAAUUUUCCACUUCCUUUCCACAUUUGUAACAGUCCAUGUAAAAACAGUUCUUCAAUUAGCUAUACCCAAAGAGGCCAGUUAAGGUCUAUGAAUGAUACAGAGGACAACAAAGCCUGGGAACAGGUUCUACUCUGGCUCUGGUCUAUUAAACACCAGAGACUGCCACUCUGGGGAGGACAGCAUCCUGAAAAGAAAUGCUUCUUUUGGUGAUAACAUCCUGUUGUGAAAACAGGAAAUCAAAAGUGGGCAUCAGAGAAGACAAUACAUUGCUGACCUGCCAUUCCAACUGUAACAGCGCUAGCUACACUGACAUGUACAGCCAUGUACAAUUAUUGCUGAAGUUUCUUUUCCUACAUUGUACUAAUGAUAGAAUACCAUUUUCUAAAAUUUAUUUGACCAUUUUGACUAACAUUAAUAGUAAAAUAGUAACAAUGUCAUAUGUGUUACAUACAGCACUCUCAGAUAUAAACCACAGAAGAGUCUACUUUAUAGUAUAGUGUUGCUCAAAAUAUAUUCAGAAUAUCUAGGUUAAGAUUUAAUUUCUGUUUAGUUUGAAGAUAUGUUGUUGUUGUCACUAUAGUAAUUUAGUAACGGACCUAUAGUAAUUAAAACGGACCUAUAAACUGGUGAUAAAGUGGUUGGAAAUAACUUCUAGACUAAAUAUAUAAGUAUAUUUGUCACACCAUUUUGAUAGUAUCUUUUUCUUCUAAGUACUAUAUUUUACACUAGAGUUGGCUAAAUGAGGGUAUAGAAAUUAACAUUUCCAUGCUUAUCCAUUGUAGAAACAACAUUUAUUCCUAAAGAUCAUUGGUGAUGCUGUUCUCUGAAUGAGCAAGUAGCAAAUCAAAGUAAAAUGAACAGAUGAAUCAUAAUAAUAUCACUUUGCACUUAUAUAUCAGAACUCACUGGAAAUCAAAAAGACGUUUACAGUGAACUCCCAAUAAAGAGGGUGAGCAUGUGCAAAAAAUGGAACGUGUAUUUGUAAUAUGUGAUGCUUUUGCUGUAGUGCAAGAUAAUCAAAAACCUGUAACAACCAAUCUGGCUGGAUCAGUGUAAGCAACUCCUCUUGAUAAUCAAGUCUCCUAUAAUCCUCAAGGGAAGUAAGGUACACUGUGCAAACCAGUGCAAUGUAGCAAGCUAGCAAGUUUAGUUUAUAAACUUAAAAAAAU